AUGCAGAACUUUCGCCAUGUGAGACUUACCCCGGGCGCACAAACAGGCCCUUUGAUCAGUCUCUACCGCCAUCUACGUGACUUGGUUCUUUCUGGGAAUCAGACCAAGUUAUUCCAAACCAGGUCCGAAGGUCUAGCGACACAGACAAAAGGCUCUACAAAUAAUGGAACAGAAGCACCAAAUGCCGAUCUAAGCAGGGACGGUUCAAAGACCCAGGAAGAAUCGCCCAAGCCCUCUCCUGCCGCAGCUGGAAUAACAAAAGGGCAUGAGAAAUACUAUAGUCUCAAAGCGCACCGUCAAGGACCAAAUACUGAGAGUGGAGAACUUAACCCCGAUGUUGAAUCGAAACAAGUGAAAGAUCAUAACAAGGCCACGGCUAACCGCUACGAAAAGCGUUGA